UCAAUAUCCACAAAGCCGAAAAUUUAAUGGUGAACACUGGAGGCCAGGGUAUCAUGAAUGUUGGGUGUUUUCAAGAUAACGGAGGAACUGAUCUACAAUUAAGUAACACUGAGGAAAGUAUGAUUUACGAAAGAGAGCAAAUUGAGUCUGAUAUAGAGACAAGUAUUAUACAAGAAGAAGAUGAAGCAUUUUUAAUUGAAAGAUUUAAAGAAAUGCAAGAUGUUUUUGUGGAGACAGAGAGAUAUAGGAAAGCACUCCACAUCUUAUUUGAAAAUAAUUUCGAAGUUAUAACUGGAUUGUCAGGGGAAGGAAAGACGUUUUUAGCAAUGAAACUCAUUUAUGAUUUAACUCAAAAAGGACUUGUUUUUAAAGAAAUUACAGCAAGUUCUGCCUUUCAUGAUUUUGAAUGCUGUGAAAAUACAGUUUUUCUCAUGGAUGAUGCGUUUCAAAUUGACAAUUCGGAUCUACAAUGGCGUAUUGUUGAAAUCCAGAAUUUCAUAAAAUCUAAUAUUUUUAACAAAAAGAACAAUUUUCUCAUCAUGACAUCAAGGAAAGAUCCCUUUGUAUCUGUCAAAGAUAGAAUGAAACAAUAUUGGCUCUUAAACGGAGCCUAUACCAUAGAUUUUACAGAAGUUGGAUUGUCAAUGGGAGAAAAGCAUGAUAUUAUUUUAAAGCAUAUUGACAGAUUUCAACCAAAAGAAAACAUCGACGGAAUUGAUAAAAUGAAAAUUGCAAAAGAAGUUGCCGAAGUAACCUGUCAAGGUUUUGCCAACUGUGCUUAUUUUUUCGUCCGGAACAAAAAAUGGUUUAAUAAAGGUGUCGAUUUUUUCAUAGACCCAAUUAAAACCAUAAGAGAUGAUGUCGAUAGCUUACGAGAAUUAGAUCCAAAAAUAUACGUGUUUUUAUUAUACCUGCUACUCAAAGGCGGUAGAAUCAGAGGUACUACGUUGGACACAUGUGAAAGUGACAAUGAGGUUAUAAGUCUUUUACAGAAAAUCAAGUAUUUCCCAAAAGAAGAAUACUGCGCCAUUUUAAAUGAUGCAUUGCACCAAGUAGAAUACGUUUAUGUUAGUAGAGUUGACUCCAUAGGAACCUAUACGUUUCGACAUGAUUAUAUUGUAGAGGCAGUUUGCAUAUCUUUCAGCAAAAUAUUACCACGUGAAGCUAUUAUGAAUGUUCCUUUUGACUUUAUUUCAACCCGAAUUCGUACAGAUGAUUACAAUGCAUAUAUUACAGAUAUGAUAAUUUUAAAGCCAGACCGUUACGAUGAUCUAGCAACAAGAUUUAUUAGAGAACUUAGUAUAGGAAAUAUCCGAAGCAUUUGCGAACAUCCGGCAAGUAACGAUGCAAGGUUUUCCAAAAUGUUUAUUUCAAAACUACAUUCCAAUACAAAAAGCCAUUUUUUUAUCCAAAUAACUGAAAGAGCAUACAGGUCAACUUUAAAUGGAUCUUUGUUGUACUGGUCCGCAUCAUGUGGGGCUCAACAUCUUUGCAUGUGUAUUUUAGAAAGAGAAUUGUAUUCAAAUAUUAAAGAUACAUUCUGGCUGCGAACACAAGCAUCAGCAGCAUUAGUUCCUUCUUGCUGGUUCGGAUUCAAUAUCAAUAUCAUAGAUGGGUUGUUAAAUUUAGGGGCGGACAUAAACAGUUCAAUACACUCAGAAAGAAGAUUUCAAACAUAUACAUCAGACUGCUUGGCGGUCCAUGACCAAAAAGGAUGGACUCCAGUUCAGUCGGCUGUUUGUGGGAAAAAUAGCAAAAAAAUACGGUAUAUUGAAGAAUUGAUAAAAAGAGGUUGUCAUUUUCAGGAAAAAGAAAAGAUGCAGAGACCAUUAAUUCACGCCGUACAGCAGGAGAAUUUCAAUCUAGUAGAAGCUCUUGUGCAAAAUGGAGUUAAUAUUCAUGCAGUAGACAUAAGACAAUUACCUGCUGUUUAUUACGCGAUUGAAACAAAUCAAUUUCUAGUUACUAGUCUUCUUCUUUCAAAAAUGACUGAAAAUGAAAAACUUACAGUGUUUGUCCACCCUAAAACUUUAGAUAUGAUGCGACUUAUAGAAGCAUACGUCGACUUUAACAAAAAAGACGAGAAUGGAAAAAGCCUGCUGCAUCAUGCUGAAGACCCGGGAAUUGUUGAUUUCUUGGUUAAUGAUAAAAAUAUGCCUACUGAAAUUCUUGACCAGAAAAAACGAACUCCAUUAUACUAUGCAAAUAACGUCGAUGUUAUAACAAAGUUAUUAGAUCUCGGGGCUUCUAGAGUUGUAGAUAAAUCAAAUGGUGAUACUUUGUUACAUGUACAGAGGGAUUCGACAAUCAUCGCACAUAUUCUUCAAAUAUGUCCGGACACAAGAACAUUAGUUAAUGAAACAAAUGAUUUAGGUCUACAUGCCAUUUUUGCAGCUUCAUCAGACGUUCUUAAAAUACUUAUAAAAUACAAUGCAAAUUUAAACGUACAAUGUCCAUUUAAAACACAAAGGCAAAUAAGUGAAGAAUUGUUACUAGAAAUACCAAAACGAAGGGGCACAUCAGAACAAUCGGUUGAAAGAAGUACGUACAUUGGAUCGGUAGAAUAUUUAAAAUUGAAGGAAGCUAGAUAUGAUUAUUUGACAGAAUAUGUGAAACGAGGCAACGAUUUUUCGGAAGCUUCCUAUGAUAAAUCGACCGAUAAGAGUUCAACAGAUGGUAACACUGAAGACACGAGUCUACCAUACACAGAGAUUGAAGAUUAUAAUUAUUAUGACGACUUUCUGCCUACACAAGAUUUCACUGUGGUGAUGAAACGUGCAUCAGAAGGGCGUCUAUCACCGGAUCUCCUUCAACUAUGUCUCGACAAUGGAUACGACAUUAGUAUUCAGGAUGGUGAAAAACGAACGAUAAUUCAUUACAUUAUUUUACCACAACGUCGGUUGAAAGAAGUAUCGAAACUGCUUCAGAUUGUACUCAAUCAUGCUGAGAAAUUGUCAACAGAAAACAAGAAUGAUAUGAGAGACAUUUUAAAUAUCCAAGACGUUAACGGCGAUACUGCUCUUCAUCUGGCAUGUUUAUGUUCAACAAAAAACAAACUAAAACAAAACCAUGAAAAUGUAGUAAAAACUUUAUUGGAAUCAGGGUCUGAUCCAAACAUACACAACUAUACAAGCGAGAUGCCACAGCACAUAUUGAUGCAAUGCCGAUGUUGUCCUAAGACGAAGAUCUUAAAACUUCUAUUUUUGCGAACUGUGGAUUCGAAAAAAUCAUCUAUGGCAGAUAGGCUAAUGCAGUAUAUCUGUAAAACAUUUUCGUAUUUUAAGAAAAUGGAUGAAGAUGUACUUACUGAUAUUAAACAGACUUUAUCAUUUCUGUUGACUGAUAGUCAAUUGAUUAUUUCCUUUUUGGAGCAUUGUCUAAAUAUGACGACAGAUCCAAACUUAAUUGUAUUUGUGAUUAUGAAAGUUGAUGCACUAAAAGACAUAGAGAAAGACAUUGUGGAAAUUGCCAUGAAGCAAAAAACUCUUUUAAAUAGUGGAAUCAUUUUGACAUUCAUGUAUUCUCACUUGACACAACAAGAACGAAACAUUUUUUUCACACACAACAAUCUACAUUCAUUAUUCGGAUUCGGUGUUAAGAAAUUGAUAGAAAAAAAUACAAUAAUCAAAUACAUUGAUAACCUAUUUAAACAAAAUUUGAAUGUCAAUCUAAAAUCAAAAACAGGAGAAACAUUUCUAUCUUGGACACUAAAGCAAGCACCAAGUCUAAAUAGGGCACUCGUCAUUAAAUUCUUAUUAGACAAAGGUGCAAAUGCUGUUGGAAAAUAUUCGAUUUGUGAAUGUCUUCAGGCAGACGGAGAUGAUAAUGUAAUUUUGGAAUGUCUUAAGCUUUUGCUACAACAUGGGAGCAGCCUCUCUGAUGGAUGCCCAUUGAUAUGGGCUGUAACCGCAUCACCUACUAAAUAUAAAACACUAGAAUUCAUUAUGGGGCAUGAUGAUACAGACUUCAGGCAGUGCGAUGAAAAUGGACUCACCGUUUUUCAAAUCUUUAUUGAACAGCUGAGGUCGCCUAAACAAAUUAAAAGUUCAGUACAUUUAUUUCGCAAACUAUUUGAAAAUAUGGAUAACAACGACGCCUUUAUAUUGACAUUAAAAGCACAUUUAUCUGAUUCAUUAGUCCUCGAAACUUUACAUUAUACAAAGAUCAAUGAAACUGAUUCUAUCGGCAGAACUCCUCUUCAAAAUGUAAUUUUCUAUUAUGAACAUGAUGAAGGAAUAGGGGAACUAGAAAUAAUCAAACAAAUUUUGAAACUGGGUGGGGAUGUUCGUUUCAGAGACCAUUUAGGACGCAACUUUCUUCACACACUCGUCUCUAGAAUGAAAUCGGAAACUGUCAACAUCCUUCUUUAUUAUUUAUCUACAACAACAACAGAACAAAUUCAGGCAGAUAUCAAUUCUCAAGAUAACGACAUGAACAGUGUUCUCCAUCAAGUGUGCUUUAUCAAUUCUAGAGAUAAUAAAUAUGAUCUGCUCAACUGUUCUUCGCUUCGAAUUUCAAUAAUGCGAAUUUUAUUGGCAAAUGGUGCCAACAUUGAUAUUGUAAACGCUAAGCAUGAAUCGGUUUUACAUGUUCUUGUUCAUUCGUACUUAGCUGCAAAAUCUGAACACUACAUGUAUAUACAUCCUGUUAUAGAACUGAUUAAUUUGGUAAUUUCUCAUGGAAUAGACACAGAAACAAAAGACAUUGACAAUCAAACUGCCGUAGAUUAUAUACCGAAACACAAUGAUGCAAUGGAUAGUCUCGCUAAAAUGAUCAGGAAUGAGAUAAAUCCAGAGAAAAUUAUAUUAAAGGAGUCACUACCACAACUGAACGAUUGAUGAUUUCGGAAGUUGUACAACUAUCACUGAGGAUACUUGUUACAAAAAGCGUGUUCAGAUGUAUAUUGAAUUAUAAGUACGGGUUAAACUGGUUUAACUUUUAUUUUGGCAUUGAAAAUACUUUCUUGCUAUAAUGUGAAGAGAUAAUACAUAAAACAAGUUGAAUACAUAGCUCGUACACAUGCUUAAUGCUUAUUUAUGGAAUAAAAUUCUUAAUUGUUAAGUCGUAAGUGCUAAUUAAAAUAGAAUGGUAGGGAUAAGUAGUGAUAUGAUUUGAAAUUUAAAAGAAAUUAU